CGAGCAAGUGUGUUCGAAUGUUUUCUGCAUGGCUGUGUGAUUUAAGCGGCUUAAGGUUUAAGUUGGGAGACUGCUGAAUCACAAGCAUAGCUGAGCUCACGUCUUGUAGGAAACACUCUUUUGUGGACAUGAACGCAUCUGCCUACGCCUGCACGCCAUGUGGAAAAACGUUCACGGGGCCUGAGCCAUACAACCAACACAUAGCCUCAGAAAAGCACAAGAAGAAAAUUAAAAAUGGUCCUGUCCCCCCGUCUGGUCUUGUGUGCGGGCCAUGCCGGAUGAGCUUCUCGGGCCCUGCUCCCAUGCGGGACCACAUGGCCAGUGCAGGCCAUGCCAAAGUCAUGGAAAUGCAUCGGGCAUUGACGGGGCAAGCUUCGACAGUGGAGACAAAGACCAUUAGGCUGGCUGACUCGAGUGCUAACAAAAGCAGCUACUUGCAGUGCCAGGUAUGCAACAUCCCGAGUUUUUCAUGUUCCAAGGAUGCCUUUGACCACUACGAGUCAGCUGAGCACUUGGCCUGCAAGCAGGCCCUCGAAAAGGGCAUCGAACCAUCAAACGACCGCCCUGCCACAGUCAUACACUCGGCACUUCCCAAUGCUCAAAUAGCAGAACCACUGCCUACUUUGCCCCUGUCCGUCCUGGUCUGUAGGGCAGAAGAAAGCUUCGAAGAUUUCUGUCGCAGAAAUAACCUUUCGUUCCUGUUAUGAUGUUGCAUCAAGUAACAGGUAGAGAACAGAAUGCUCGGAGAGCAUUCAUGGGAAGUUGUAUUGGGAUAAAUGAAUUUUUGUUUUCCCUGUUCUAACUGUGCUGUUACUAAUAUGCACUGUUAUUGGCAUUUUUGUCAGGUUUCAUAAAAUGCAAUGUGACAACUGCUGCAGUCAUACCAAUCAAGAACUGCAUUUUAUUUUAAGGAUUUUAAUCAUUUUAAUUAACGGCAUUUUUACUUUACCUUUUUAC